AAGUAACUUCCCUUCUACAGAGGUCACACCGAAAGUCCAUAAGAAUGAAAUAAGAGUGUUCCUUUCCACUUGCAUGUCCCUUCGCACUGUGACAGCAUUCAUGAGUCCAACUUCUUCAAUCAAUCACACUUUGCUGUGUAACUGUUACUCUCCAAGUCACUGAAAUCUAGUUCACUCUUUAUCCUCCUCUUCUGACGAUUUAAAAAAGAAAAAAAAAUCGAUUUUUUUUAAGGAAAACCCAAAUUUUCAGCCCUUUCCUUGUUCCUCGCCCUCGAAAUUUUCAGCUUAGCAUUAACGGUCUCACUCUGAUGCUUCGUUUUCUCGCAACUGUGUCAAAAAUUUCUCUGCCUUUACCGCAAUCAGCAGUUAUAAAAGCUCUGCGAGUGUUCAGUUCCACCACCUGUUCGACCAUUUGCCUCACCCAAACCAAGAUUGAAGUUGAAGAUGAUAAAAACAAAUGGAGUGAUGCUACUGAACUUUUGAGCAAAUGGGGUUGCAGUGAUGAUGAUUUGAAGAGAAUUUUCUCGCGCUGUCCCUCUUUGCGCAAUGCUGAUCCCACGCUGGUUCAAUCUAAACUGUGCCUGCUUAGUGAUUUGGGCUUGCGUGCUUCUCAACUUGUGAAGAUUGUCAAUUGUAGACCACGGUUUUUCCAGUGUCGGAUUAACUCUUUUCUAGUAGAGAGGAUUGAACAUCUUACAUCAUUGUUUGAGUCGAGGGAUGUGCUUCAAAAGGCAAUUGUGAGGAACCCUUCAUUGUUGCUAUCGGAGGGUCGCUAUAAUGUUAAGGCUACAGUUGAGCUCUAUGAGAAGUUGGGUGUUAAGAAGGGGGAAUUAGUUCAGAUGCUGCUUUUGCGGCCCACGGUUAUUUCAAGGACUUCCUUUGAUGCUGAGAAGCUGGAAUAUUUAAGCAAGACUGGGCUUGCUACGGAUUCAAAGAUGUAUAAAUAUAUGGUGACUUUAAUUGGAAUCUCUCGCAUAGAAACUAUCCGGGAGAAGGUGGCGAAUCUCGCAAAGUUUGGGUUUUCUGAAGAGGAGAUAUUUGGUCUUAUGGGGAGGUCUCCUAAUGUUUUGACAUUGUCGACAGACAAGGUUCAGAGGAACAUGACUUUCAUUUUGGGCACCAUGAAGCUUGAUGCUAAGAUGGUUCUAAAGCAGCCGUAUUUAUUGUAUGCAAACGUGGAUACUGUUUUGAAGCCAAGAGUUCUACUAGCAUUGAAGAUUCAAGAUAUGGAUUCAAAGUGGCAAAUCAUAGGACCAACGAUAGUAAGUUUGCUUAGGAUGCCAGAGAAGAGAUUUUUGGACAUGUUUGUCAAAUGCCAUGGCGAGGAUGUUGCCAAUGAAUUGAUGGAUUUCUAUAAAAGGACAAAAGAGGUCAAGAGAUUAGGAGAGGCAUCAAAGAAGUGCAGUAAGAGAGGAUUCCCUUUCUGAAAUGUGAGUUGCUUUCUAAAAAGUAAUUUUGGAGCUGAGAUCCAUAUCCACUUUUGGGUUAUGCCGUUAUUGGAAAUUAUGUGAUACUAUGCUUAUUUCUGUCUAUUAGAUUUUUAAUGAAGAUUUUUCCUAUGUAGUACAAUAUUGUGCGGCACAAAAUCAAGAAAUAAUGUAGGCAAUUGAUUUGCGUAUAA